AUGAAGAAAGAGCCCAGAACUUUGGUCCCAUGUCAGGUAGUUGGGAUUCAGGAUCUACUGAAGGAGUUUCAAGUCCUGCAGAAAAUUCACCUCUUCCGUCAAUCCUCCAACAGUUUUCUAAAUAUAAGGACCCAGAGACUUGCUUCUAAAAUGAAAAUUGACAUGAGAGCAAAAGUGAAAAUAGGCAAGAAUCCAUAUGAAUGCAAUGAGCAUGGAAAAACCUUUCACCAGCAAUUUUCUCUCAUUGCUCAUCAGAUAAUCCACACCAGGGAGAAACCUUAUGAAUGUAGCGAGUGUGGGAAAUGCUUUUCUCGUAAGCCCCAGCUCCUUGCACAUCAGAGAAUCCACACUGGAGAAAAACCUUAUAAAUGUGGUGUGUGUGGAAAAGCUUUUAUUCAUAAGUCACACCUCAUUAGGCAUGAGAAAAUCCAUACUGGAGAAAAACCUUAUGAGUGUAGUGAGUGUGGAAAAUGCUUUUCUGAUAAGCCACACCUCAUUAGACAUCAGAGAAUCCAUACUGGGGAAAAACCUUAUGAAUGUAGUGUGUGUGGAAAAGUUUUUGUUCAGAAGUCACACCUCAUUAGGCAUCAGAGAAUCCACACAGGGGAAAAACCUUAUGAAUGCAGUGAGUGUGGAAAAGCUUUUAUUCGUAAGUCACACCUCAUUAGUCAUCAGAGGAAGCACACUGGAGAAAAACCUUAUGAAUGUAGUGAGUGUGGAAAAGCUUUUAUUCGUACAUCAAACCUCAUUGCACAUCAGAGAAUCCACACAGGGAAAAAACCUUAUGAGUGUAGUGAGUGUGGGAAAUGCUUUUCCAAUAAGCUAUACCUCAUUAGACAUCAGAGAAUCCAUACUGGGGAAAAAUCUUAUGAAUGUAGUGAGUGUGGAAAAGCUUUUGUUCAUAAGUCACACCUCAUUAGGCAUCAGAGAAUCCACACAGGGGAAAAAGCUUAUGAAUGUAGUGAGUGUGGAAAAGCUUUUUCUCGUAAGACAAACCUCAUUGCACAUCAGAGAAAGCACACAGGUGAAAAAACUUAUGAACGUAGUGAGUGUGGAAAAGGCUUUUCUCAUAAGACAAACCUCAUUGCACAUCAGAGAAAGCACACAGGUGAAAAAGCUUAUGAAUGUAGUGAGUGUGGAAAAGCUUUUAGUCGUAAGUCAAACCUCAUUGCACAUCAGAGAAUCCACACUGGGGACAAACCUUAUGAAUGUAGUGAGUGUGGAAAAGAUUUUAUUCGUAAGUCACACCUCAUUAGUCAUCAGAAGCACACAGGGGAAAAACCUUAUGAAUGUAGUGAUGAGUGUGGAAAAGCUUUUACCAAAACGUCGGGUUUCAUUUAUCAUCAGAGAAUCCACACUUGGAAAAAACUUUAUGAAUGUAGAGAGUGUGGAAAAGGUUUUGUUUAUAAGUCACACCUCAUGAGACAUCAGAGAAAGCACACAAGUGAAAAGACUUAA